AUGCAGCUCAGCUCGCUUCGAGAGCCUGUCGUGCUCUUCGAUACGCAGCUUCAGCAGCUGACUCUUUUCUACCUUGCAGACGGAUUCUUUGAGCUGCACACGGUAGCAGUCUCCAUCGCCAGCCUGAUGGUGUGCGCCUCUCUCGCUGUCGCCACCAGCAGCGGAUCUGGCGGCUCCGCCGCGCUGCUCACGUCGACCCCGCUGUUCUUUACGAGCUUUACAUCCUUCGCCUCCCUCUCGGUGCUCACGCUGAUGAUACUGACACUCUUCUACCGGAUUAUAGGUGGGCGUUUUGUCUACUCUCCACGAGAAACUGCGUAUGUGGUGGACUGGAUCCUCGACACUGUCUCUCGGCCCGUUGUGGAGGACACGGUGCACCUACUGCUGGCGCCGAACAAGCGCCGUGAGCGCGGCAUAUUUUUCACGAGUCUGUGCCUCAUUGGCGAGGCCGGCAAGUUUCUUUCAUUUUGGUCAAUUUGUACGUUGGCGUCGAUGGUCUGGUGUGGGUGGAGCGUGCGGCGUGCGUGGCGUACGCACCUCUGUGCGGGUGACUGA